AUGCUUUCGAGGACGGCUCCAUGUUUUAAUGGUGAUAUCAGAAGCCAUGAGAGGGUGUCAUUGCCGUUCUUGGAUUUUAUUAGAUUCUGCAAGCAGCAUAUGAGUGAUAAAAGGAACGAAGCUCGAUCAAGUACCCACUAUGAUGCAGUAUUCAUGAAGACGAAAACUAGAGUGAAGGUGUAGGCAAUGCAAAAUGAGCCGGUGUAGAGAACGAUUGGCAAGAAGAGUUGAAACAAGCAGCAAGAUAGAGAAGAUUGGCUUCUUUGCAUAGUUUGUGCCUUCUAUUAACUUUGUAUAGAUAGAGAGAUUACAAUGUGU